AUGUCGGAACCCGAGCCGUCUCGCAAACGCAUCAUACUCUGCUGCGACGGCAGUGGCCAAUCCGCCGUCUCAGGCAAACGCAGCAUCCCAUCGAACGUAACAAGACUCUGUCGCGCCAUCAACAGUCUCGGAACCACAGAUAAAACAUGGCAACAGAUAGUCUGGUACGAUUCCGGCGUCGGAACAAACUCCAACGGUCAAGUCCCCGCCAGCAAAGACGUGGAAGACAACAUCAUCGAAGCAUACAACUUUUGCGUCUUGAACUGGAACCACGGUGACCAGAUUCUGUGCUUUGGAUUUUCGCGGGGCGCAUAUACGGCGCGCGCGAUCGCCGGCUUGAUUUCUGAUUUGGGGAUUUGCUCAAAGGUCGAUAUUCAGGAUUUUCCGGAAAUUUGGACGUUGUACAAGAGUGGUCAUCCGGCUGUCACUGGGGACAGAUUUUAUGGCAGUGAUGCCUAUUUCGAGUGGCAGGAUGGAAAGCCUGCGGAUCCGCAGCCUGUUGAGAGGCUGGGGGAGAAGAUUGUUUGGGAGUCUGUUGGUAGGGGGGAGUGGGCGAGGCCUGGAUCCAGGGAGGUUGAGGUUGUGGGUGUUUUUGAUACUGUUGGGGCCUUGGGAUUCCCAGAGGUCUUUGGGUAUGAAGUGCCCAAAUGGUUGACCAGGACUGAUAAGCCAGAGUGGCACAAUGUUGGGCUUUCUCCAAAUAUCAAACACGCCUUUCAGGCACUUGCCCUAGACGAGCACCGCUCUGCGUUCACCCCGACUUUGUUCUAUGUACCCACUGUGACAAAGGCCUCAUCAGAGGAAAUUUCAAAACAGCAAAUUCUCCACAAGAAGGCCACCAAAGCCUGGCUUGAUCUUUUGUUGACAGAGCGCCCUUCCCAUGAGGAGAUCAACCGUGUGCUCAAGUCUAAAAAUGAAGCCUCGCGUAAACUCCUCGACUUGGAAGAUAGUCAAAAAGAACCCUCAAAGCUGCUCCAGGUCUGGUUCCCUGGAAACCACAUCAACAUUGGUGGCGGGUCAACCCUAACCCUGGAGAACAAGGGGAACAUGGAAGAGAUGUCCAACAUUGUCUUUGCCUGGAUGCUUGACCAGAUCAAAGGAUUCGUUUCUUUAAGCGACGACGUACUACAAAAAGAUCAGCUUUUGCGCCGGGCCAGACUAGCAAAGAUCAACAACGCUCUGCACCAAUACAACGAGCGUGUUAAACAGCGACAGGGUGAAUCAUGGGCUCAAUGGAUUCAGCGAAGUGGCGAGUGGGUCGCUUCGUCGAUUUUACACCCUCUCACCGCAAGCGACAAACCCGCUUAUAUGAAAGAGCGCAUCUAUACAUGGGGACUGGGUGACUUGCCUGAUAACUUUGGAAUCAUCUAUCUUGCAAAUGGAUCUCGUCCACGGACUCCUGGUCGAUAUGCUAUUGUGAACGGAGAAAAGCUCGGCGAGACCUUUGAGCGCAUUCACCCAGUGGUUGGGUUUAGGGUGGAGAAAACAAAGACAAAACCAAAGAAUGAGCAAUAUCGUCCAAUCUGGCUGGCUGGAGAUAGCUAUGAGCGACGAAAGAAUGGUCAGAGCUAUGAAUAUCGGCUGAGAUACUCGGAGACGUCUUCGUAUGAGGUCAUACCGGAGUGGAAAAUGUCGGCUGAUGUCAACUCCUAUGAGAGACUUGCUAUUGAGCAGGAUGUAGCAUAUGAUUAUAUCGAUGCUUUGGAUCUUGAUUUGGGGAGAGAUAUCAAGACCCCGCGGUCUCGGCUUGGGUGGUGGGAGCGAAAUACGUCCAUUGAUCCCCGAUCACUGGAUCACUGCUGA